ACAACUGGGUGUUUCCCUCCUGUGCCUUUCUACUACUCUCUCAUUCUAUUAUCUAUACUAUUAUUUCGAGUAUUGAAGACUGUCUGGGUUGAUCCGAUCAACGCAUUCGGUAUUAUCACUCAUACAUAUCUUUACAGACGAACAUACCGUUUUUCUUAGCGUCUGCUGCCACCUAUCAUACCCCUCCCCACCGGAGUGUUUGGCCUGUUUUCCCUGUUUCUCCACGUAUCAUCCCUCGCACCUCUCGUUGGGCUCGAACCUCCUUCUUGUGCAGAAAGCGGUCUGUCGGUUAGAAAAAUAAUAUGUCGACCACUGGCAGCAGUACUUUUCGAAACCAGAAUCACCGAUCAAGCGGCCGAAGCAGAGUGCCGGACUUCGACAACGCAUCUGUCAUCUCAGCUUCUCAGAUCCCGCGCCCUCACUCUACCGCAACACCCGCAGCUUCUAGCGAUAUUGGCAGUACCAGCAUGAGUGCCGCUAGCAGUAGGCAAAGACAGAAUCAGUCGAAGCGCGAUGAGGCGAUUCGACGCAGGCUGGAGGCCGACUUGAACAAGAAGAGGCAUACCACGGGAAGGGCACAACGGUCUCGCAAGGCCCCUCCCGGCACGGUGCUGGCCUUGAAACCCAGUCAGGCUCUUCAGAUCAAGCCCAGCACCACGAUUUCCGAAGCUGCUCAGUUGAUGGCCGCCAAGAGGGAGGACUGCGUACUGGUUACCGACGAUGACGAUCGAAUUGCCGGUAUCUUCACGGCUAAGGAUUUGGCUUUCCGUGUGGUUGGAAUUGGCUCCAAGGCCCGAGAGGUCGCGGUUUCCGAGAUUAUGACGAAGAACCCCCUGUGUGCGAGAACCGAUACCAGUGCGACGGAUGCGCUCGAUCUGAUGGUCCGGAAGGGUUUCCGACAUCUCCCGGUUAUGGACGAGAACCAGGAUAUCUCCGGUGUCCUCGAUAUCACCAAGUGCUUUUACGAUGCGAUGGAGAAACUCGAACGUGCCUACAGCUCUUCCCGGAAGUUAUACGAUGCACUGGAGGGCGUGCAGAGUGAAUUGGGCUCCUCCCAACCCCAGCAGAUCAUCCAGUAUGUGGAGGCUUUGCGUCAGAAGAUGUCGGGUCCGACUUUGGAGACUGUCCUGGACGGUAUGCCGCCGGUCACCGUCUCUGUCCGCACUUCCGUUAAGGAUGCCGCCGCCGCGAUGAAGGAGAACCGCACCACCGCUUUGCUUGUCCAGGACCAGGGAUCGAUUACCGGUAUCUUCACCAGCAAGGAUGUCGUCCUUCGUGUGAUUGCUCCAGGACUUGACCCGUCCACUUGCAGUGUGGUCCGUGUCAUGACCCCUCAUCCCGACUUUGCCCCGUCCGAUAUGAGUAUCCAGGCGGCUCUCAGAAAGAUGCACGAUGGUCACUAUCUGAACUUGCCCGUGAUGAACGAAUCUGGUGAGAUUGUUGGAAUGGUGGAUGUCCUCAAACUCACAUAUGCCACACUGGAACAAAUCAAUUCGAUGGGCACUCAGGAUGAUGAGGGCCCGGCUUGGAAUAAGUUCUGGUUGUCGAUGGACAACGAAUCCGACUCGGUGGUCUCUGGCAGUCAGGUUGUCUCCGGCAGUCACCAUCCCCACACGGCGCAUCGUUCCGUGCUCAGUCCCGACUCUCACAAGCACAGUUUCGACCAUCGCGAUAGUGUGAUGCCUAACGAAUCCGCAUCGCAUCAGGGAGAUGACCACUCUGAGAUCAUUGAGGCUCACCAUCACGAAGAAGAGCAUGCGUUCCCCUUCAAGUUCAAGGCACCAAGCGGCCGGGUGCACCGUGUGAACGUCCUUCCCUCCGCUGGUCUUGCCGACAUGGUGACUCAGGUGACUGCCAAGUUGGGUCCUGAAGUUGAGGCAGUUGGCGGUGCGGCCGACUGCGAAGAUGGCAGGCUCAGCAACACCGGAUAUGCCCUGAGUUACUUGGAUAACGAGGGUGACACCGUUUCGAUCACCACAGAUCAGGAUCUGACGGAUGCCGUGGCCCUCGCUCACCAGUCCCACCGGGAUAAGGUCGACCUGUUCGUCCACGAUCCUACACAGCCUCCUGUCUCUGGCACAGUCGAACCUCAACCCGCACCUAUCAAGACCGCUACUCCUGUUGAAGAGAAGAGUGUCGUGGAGGCCGCGUUGCCCGAAGAGCCUCCUGUUGUGAGCCAGACCCGCGCCCACUCGUUCCACUCGCACCCUCACCCUCCGGAGGAGCAGUUCAUUGCCGGUGUGCCGAAUGAGUUAUUGCUCCCCGGUGCCAUUGUCACCCUUGCUGCCGUUAUCGCCGGUGUGUUUAUCCUCAGCCGGCCCAGCGGACGGUAAUGGUAGACCUCAUGCUCCGUAUUCUGUAAUUGGUUCUUACCUCUCCCCUCAUUCCCCCCACUCCGUUCUCUACCGUUUCCCCUCCUGUUCGUUUCAGCGAAAAGGGCUCCUUUAGGAGGCCUUCUUAUCUUUACACACAUAGAUCCCUCCCGUCCAGAGCGAUAUAUCCUUUGCCCGCCGUUCACUCUUUUGAUCCCCUUCUGCCAUGUCUCCUCUGUUGCUAUUUUGGCUACCAAUUUUUGUAAUUCUCCAGAUACCGCUGUUGCUUAGUGUGGCUAGAGCUUCUUGCAUUCAAUGCAUAUAUUGUUAGUUAGAAGAUCCUGUAAAUAUUUAUUGUUUUAUGUUUUGUAAUCGCUUGCGUUUACUUCUCAACCAUUUCUUGACAAUGAAC